GAAAAAAACGUCAGGGCAGCAUGUUGCCAUGAAAGCUCGGUAUAGAUAAUGAUGAUCCCGAGAUUGAGAAUGUGGUUGCUCUAGUAUCGCGGUGUUCCGUCUUUUUGAGAUGUUACUGGUCAUACAUAAAGUUUAAAUGCCCAAAUAGAAACCAGAGAUCGGUGCAAUGUAUCAUUUCAAGGUCCGUAACGUGAUCGUGCACCUGCUUGUUCUGCCGCCCAAAGUGGCAGGCUGGGAUGCCACGGCACCACCUUCGGGGAGGAUUUGGGAUUUUGUUGCCCCCGAACGGAAAAUUUACGCUGCCAGUGACAGGAGUCCAAUUUGAAUUACCGGAGUUCUUUGCGAAGAAAGCAAGAAUCUGCAUUUGACGUAUGAAGCACAGACAUUGAUCCAGAAAGGUCAGAGUACCGUUUCUCGUUCAACGUGAUACUUCUGUUGUUGCGUAGAAACCGUCACUACGGUCAGAAAUACGGGAACAACAAACACAGAAGGUACUUACAGCCAUCAUGUGCUUUAAUUGUUUGAGGUCACUGACCCGAUACGAUGAAACAACUGUAAAUGUUGAUUGGCAAAAGAAGCUCACCCCAGAGCAAUACUUCGUCACUCGAGAAAAGGGAACAGAACUGAAGAAGCUGCUGCCUCACAGCACAAGAGUCCAGGGUUCAAACUUGACCUUGGGUGCUGUCUUUGUGGAUUUUCACAGUUUUUACCGUGACUGCAUGUUCCCGCUGGAUGCUUCCAUAUCCCAAAGACAUGCAGGUUGCUCUGAAACCAAGUACAAUUCUGGCACCGGUUGGCCUUCAUUCUGGCAAAUCCAUAGCACAGUGGGUGAUGAUGAAUCCAAUGCGAAUGCACUGUGUCGCCCAGACAACUCCAUGGGAUCAACUGGAACUGAAGUUAUUUGCAAAAAGUGUGAUGCACACUUGGGCCAUGUGUUUGAUGACGGACCGGAACCCACAGGACAUCGAUUUUGCAUCAACAGUGUGGCAUUAAAUUUCAAGCCCGAGAAAACACAGUGAUUUCCAAAGCAAUAAGUUACUGUUGUUACAUAAUACUUUGUUUAACUUGGGUUGAGUUUCUAGUUCCAUGAUAUAUAAAUGGAUGCAGAAGUGUUUUCAUUGCAAAUCAUCUGUUUGCUGUAUUUACUCAAAUUUUCAUUGUAUUUGAAGAGCAAAUUCUACAGUGCUUUUACCCAUAUAUUGUCUAUUCUAUAAAGUUCAAGCAAAGACCCACCCAUUUUUAUGUAAGAAAUUAAUGUUAAGUUAAUAUUAUUGAUUGGUUUCUGCAAAAUUAUUUAAAGUUCACAGAUUUUAAACACACACACAUAAUAAUCUAUCUUUUGAAAUCCAUUCCCAUGUAGAAUGCUAACUUUUCUCUGUUUGGGUGGUUCUAGUUUCUUUUUGUUCCUGGAUUUAAAAAAAUAUUUCCUUUAUUUUCUGUUGUGAUUUACCACUAGUUAUUCAGCUGCAAUGACCCAACUUUCAUAAAUCAUGUAAAUGCAGGUGUUAUUCAUGCAUUGACAUUUGUUGAUAUAACCACAUUUCCUUGCACUAUUCAAAAGGCCAAACAUUAGUUAGAUUUCGUGUAUCCAAACACAUUUAUCUGCAUGUCUUGUCCUGGUUCUGGAGGACCAUCAAUUUUGAGAGCUGCAAAUCAAUUGCUAAAAGAUAAUUUUACAAUUUGUAAUGAGAAUAAGUAUAAUUUAAAAAGCAGUUUUGGUUGACUAUACAUAUAUAUUUCCAUGAUUCAGGAAUAUCAUUUAAUACAAGGUGGUUACCUUGAACUGUGAAUGAUCUGUAUAUUAAUUUCAUUGCUUUAUUUGGAGUGUUUUUAAUCUGGAAUCUAAAACCAGAACAAGACAUAAUAUUUAUUACUAAUAUUUGUUUUAGUAGAUUAUUUUCUCUGAUUCUACAAGUGUAUACAUUCAUGAACUGAAAAGAAGCUAUCCCCUAGUUCCAGCAUUAUUUGUGUGGCCCUACAGCUAACAGCUUUUUAAGUUCAUUACAAAAAUUGCUUAAAUGUGAUGAGGGGUUCUGCUGUAUUAUUCUCCAGCUGAAGAAAAAACAUCUCCUAUUCCAGUCUUAGUACUUCUAUUAAAGUACUUUCAAAUCUA